AUGAUACGCCUCAGAGUCGAUCUCCCCCUCCUCCUCAUGAGCCUCCUCACUCUGCCUCUCUGCAAUGCUUUGAGCGAAGGGGAGGCUUGUGGGACCAUACCCCGACUUGCAGCCAUGGAGGCAGAGAGCAACAAAUUUCUCCUCUACAUCAAUGGCAAGUUCAAGCCGUCUUCAAGCGGAAAGACACUCCAGGUUCUGUGCCCAGUGAACGACAGUGCUGUGUACGAAGUGCAGGCCUGUACCAAGGAAGAGAUCGACGAGGCUUUCGAGGCUGCCAAAAAUGCGCAGAAGUUGUGGAGCAAGACGCCCCUGUGGAAGCGAGCAGAGCUGCUCAAGAAAGCCGCGGCUGUCCUGCGAGAGAAUGCGGCAGCCAUAGCCGAAGUGAUGAUGUACGAGGUAGCGAAGCCUCUCAAGGCUGCGAUAUCGGAGGUCAUGCGAACUGCUGAUCUCUUCGAGUACACGGCAGAGGAGGGAGUCCGCGUGGCUGGUGAGCUCCUGCUGAGCGACGCAUUCACGGGAGAGAAGAGGAACAAGUUGGCGCUCGUUCAGCGAGUUCCCCUCGGCGUCAUCGUCGCCAUCCCCCCCUACAACUACCCGCUCAACCUCGCCGGCAGCAAGGUGGGCCCGGCGCUCAUGGCAGGCAACAGUGUCGUCAUGAAGCCUCCCUCAGCUGGGGCAGUGACGGAAGGUAAGGAGAGAGCUGGGAGACAGCUGGGGAAGGGGGAACUCAAACGAGGAUGCAGAGGCUCCGAGGUCGGGGACUACCUGACGCAGCAUCGGCUGGCGAACGCCGUGAGCUUCACGGGAGGCAGCACGGGAAUCCGAGUGGCCAAGGGAGCAGGAAUGAUCCCCAUGCAGCUCGAGCUGGGGGGGAAAGACCCUGCCAUCGUCCUGCCUGAUGCCAACCUGAAGGCGGCCGCUUCGGCUAUUGUCAAGGGUGCAUUCUCCUACAGCGGACAGCGAUGCACAGCAGUGAAGAUCGUCUACAUCGUGGAGGAGGAGGACGAGAUCUCGCGGGUUCUUCUACCCAUGAUCCUCGAGCUCGUGAAGAAGCUCAAGGUUGGAGGCCCCGAGGAGGAGGACGUGGACAUCACGGCGGUGAUCGACGGCAAGAGCGCGAGCUACAUCAAGAGCCUCGUGGACGAUGCGCUGGAGUUGGGAGCGAAACUCCAACUCCCUGAGGGAGGGUGGAAGCAGGAAGGCAACUUGAUCCAUCCUGUCGUGUUGACUGGCGUCAAGAAGAGCAUGAGGAUCGUCUAUGAAGAGCAGUUCGGCCCUGUUCUCCCCAUUGUUUCCGUCAAGACGGCGGAGGAGGCUGUAGAGCUGGCCAACGGCUCACCGCUCGGUCUGCAAGCAUCGCUCUUCACGCAGGUGAACGGAGCGCCGGCGAGAGGACCGGACCACUUCCCCUUCCAGGGCUUCAAGGACUCGGGCUUGAGCUCUCAGGGCGUGCGAUGGAGCAUCGAGGCCAUGACCAAGAUCAAAAGCACGGUGCUGAACCUCGCACAGGAAUCUUACACUCAGGGGUGA